GCACCAUCCGCCCUGACAGUCUGCUUGCAGAAUGGACCAGGAAACCCUGGGAAGCAUUGUCCUGCUUGCCAUCGUCACCUUGAUAAGUGUUGUCCAGAAUGCUUUUUUUGCUAGCAAGCUGGAGCAUGAAAGCAAACACUGCAAUGGCAAGGGGCUUCAGCGGCUGGGAUCCUCUGCUUUUGACCGUGUCUACACUGCCAACCAAAACUGUGGACAUGCAUACCCUACGUUUCUUGCUGUGCUUUGGUGCGCUGGCCUUCUCUGCAGCCAAGCUCCUGCUGCUUUUGCUGGCCUGAUGUACUUGUUUGUGAGGCAGAAGUACUUUGUGGGUUACCUUGGGGAAAGGACUCAGAGCACUCCUGGCUACUUGUUCGGAAAGCGCAUCAUUUUGUUCCUGUUCCUCAUGUCUCUGGCUGGAAUACUCAACUACUACCUCAUCUUCUUUUUUGGAAGUGACUUUGAAAUACACAUAAAAACGAUAACCAGCGCGAUCUCUCCGCUGCUGCUCAUCCCCUAGCUUCCCACAGCACCGAGGGGGUCAGCGUGCUGAAUAUACUGAUGCCCAGAAGCAGACGUAAUUCAACAAAGAAGUGAACCUGUUACCCUUUUACAUUGCUGUAAAUCUCAUGCUUGAUGGCCUUUGUAGUUUGAUUUAAUCUUGCUUUUGCCUUCUGGAGGAAGGUUUGUUGUGAGCAUUCAGCACACCCAAGGAAUGGCAACAACUUCCAGUUAAUUAUUUUGAUUUUCUUUCCCUAAAAUGUAGCUUGCAAACCAACUGCAUGACUGCAAGGGACACUGUGUGCUUGCUUCAUGACUACAUUGUCCUUAGCUUUUGUCUCAAAACCCAGGAGCCUCUCAAGUGUUAUUCCUGAAUGAUGAAUCCCACAGUUACCAUCAAACACAGGUAUUGCCUUUUGCAGCAUCUCACAUGUCCCUGCCCACUCAAAGUUGUGGACCAGCCCCUUUCUCUCCAACUUGUUGAUGACCAUGGUGCCUCUUGUGCAAGAGGGCAGCAAACUGGCCCAUGUCUGGUCUUCCUUGAUAAAUAUUCACGUGUGUAAGGCUCCCGAAACUGAUCUCAUUUAUGCUUCAGCCUUUUUUGUUCUCACAGAGCGGUAGAAAGGAGUCUUGCGUAAAUGAGGAGCUGGUGUAUUGACAGUGGGGUUGGGUUUGUUUUGCUUGGCUUUGUUUAAUAAAAUGAUCUA